AUGAAAUAUAAACUACAUCUAUCUUUCAACAGUAGCCUACAUCAGCAAUCUCGCACCACAGCUUUGGAGUUUAAAAACUCAACUUCUGGUCCCGUUGAAUGUGGUAGCUUCACGGGCCGUGGCGGGUGUGUCGGGACUUCGAUCUCGCCACUUGUGAUCUUCCGGGAAGAGUGUUUCCGGAAACCCCCAAGUUUCAUUCGGCGGUUGCCAUCAGGUACACAGGGCAACAAUUGCUACGGUGAGCAGACUCCCAAAAAGAGGCCAUCAAAACGCACAAGACUGGACAUCGAACUCGACCGACCAUGA